CAGACCGCGCGCAGUUAUACCCGAUCCCGUUCGUUAGUUCCUCAGACUGGGGUUAGCUUGCUGCUGUGUUUGGUAGUAGCAUGUAGAUGAGAGGAGAACACUCAAAACAGGGCUGCAGGAGGUGACUUUCCCGAGGAGCGGACUUAGAAAAAGAAAAGGGAAACUUUCGGUGGCAGUUCGCCUUGAGAACAUGGAUUACUGGAGUGCCUUGGAGGUGUAUAAGGAGAUGGUGCUGCUGUACUUGGAGGAGGGCCGCCGGCAGGUCAACUCACAUUGCGCCGACCUGGAGCCGUGGCAGAUCAUCGGCGCGACAGUCAUCACCACACUGGGAGCACUAUGGGUCAAAGGCUUCCUAUUCCAGCAAGAAAGUCUGACAUCAAGAAUCAAGAAGCAGGGCUUUAGACUCAUCAGAAAAAUACCCUUCGUUGGCGGGGCAAUUCAGAGCAAGCUGAACAAGGCUUUGGAUGACAUGUCUGCUAGUAUGUGUACCCUGAAGGAGGGGAUGAGUUACACUACAGAGCUGCCCUCUAAAGGUCUCACUCAGAGCCAAGUAAUGGACAAAAUCAGAGAGUAUGACACCCUGAAUGAGGUAAAGUGGGAGAAAGGCUGUGUUUCUGGAGCAGUGUACUGGGGUGAUGCAUCACUGACCAAACUCCUGGUGAAGGUGUAUGGAGAUUUUGCAUGGAGCAAUCCACUCCACCCAGACAUUUUUCCUGGCGUAAGGAAGAUGGAAGCAGAGAUUGUCAGAAUGACCUGCACACUCUUCCACGGUGGACCUAACUCCUGUGGCACAGUCACCUCAGGUGGAACCGAGAGCAUACUGAUGGCCUGCAAGGCAUACAGAGACAUUGCAUAUGAACGAGGCAUCAAACACCCUGAAAUCCUUGCACCUGUGAGCGUCCAUGCAGCUUUUGACAAAGCAGCACAUUAUUUUGGGAUGAAGUUGGUUCACAUUCCUCUUGACAAGAAAACGAUGAAAGUAGAUGUGAAGGCCAUGAGGAGAGCCAUAAGCAAGAACACAGCCAUGCUUGUCUGCUCAGCACCUCAGUUUCCUCACGGAAUCGUGGAUCCUGUUGAGGAAGUAGCCAAGCUGGCUGUGCGCUACAACAUCCCACUGCAUGUGGAUGCCUGUCUGGGUGGUUUUCUUAUUGUCUUCAUGGCCAAGGCCGGUUACCCACUCGCCCCAUUCGACUUCAGGGUAAAGGGUGUUACCAGCAUCUCUGCAGACACGCACAAGUAUGGCUACGCCCCCAAAGGUUCAUCAGUGAUCCUCUACUCUGAUAAAAAGUACCGUCAGUACCAAUAUUUUGUAGCUCCUGACUGGCAGGGGGGGAUCUAUGCCUCGCCCUCUAUAGCAGGCUCCAGGCCAGGAGGAAUCAUUGCCGCCUGCUGGGCAACCAUGAUGCAUAUGGGAGAGAACGGAUACGUAGAGGCCACCAGGAAGAUCGUCAGCACAGCUCGCAAGAUCAAAACAGAAAUUCGCAAGAUAAAAGGGGUGUUUGUGUUUGGGGAUCCUGUGGUGUCAGUGGUGGCAAUCGGCUCAGAUGAUUUUGAUAUUUUCCGUCUUUCUAAUGCACUGACGUCAAAGGGCUGGAAUCUGAACACACUGCAGUACCCAUCCAGCAUCCACAUUUGCUGCACAGUUUUGCACACUCAGUCGGGGGUUGCUGAUCACUUUAUUCGCGAUGUCAAAGAGCAGGUCGCCAUCAUCAUGAAGAACCCCAAAGAGAAAACUACGGGAAUGGGAGCGAUCUACGGCAUGGCCCAGGCCAUCCCAGAUAGAUCCCUGGUGACGGAGAUCUCCCGAGGUUUCCUGGACUGUCUCUACAACACUGAGGUGCUCAAGUCAAACACCAGCCACAUGAAUGGGAACGGGAAAGCGCACUGAAAAGGGAAUGGGCCCUCCUUGCCCGAACACACUGCAUGCAGGGAAACGCUCUCGCCUCCUCCAAGAGCUCCAAUUUUUCUAACGCUCAGCGGUUGCCUUAUCUUGCAUACCUGCACCAUAUGUAGAAACAUUUGUAGCGAUCUUUGAAGCACAAGCCUUUGUCAUUUUAAUCAGCCCAGAGGGAAAUCGCUUUUAACACUGCACCUAAAUGGUACAGGGAAGACAUGGCUGGGUCCAAACGAGUUUUAACCUCGACUUUGAUUUAAAUUAUGUAGAGGAAAUGUUUGUGAUUAUUGUUUUUGUUUUACAGUUCAUUUCAAUUUUAAUUUAAUAUGCAUGUCUAUCAUGAUGUCUACUGAUUACGCAGCAAAACCAUUCAGUUUUUUUUAAAAUACCAGAACAUUUCAGCUCAUUGCCAUCGCCGCUUCAUCGUCCUUGAUGACUCUGCAAAAAAGAAAUCACUCAGUGUGUUCAAAUCGCUGUGCUGCCUCUAGCUUAUAACCUGAUGUACUGCUCUGGACUGGCUGUACACACCUGUGUCGGUGGGGACAUUAUCAUCAUCAUCACUAUGUAUCAAUCUAAAAAUAAUCAUUUUUAAUGUAAAAGCACUGCAGUCUAAAAAGUACAUAUCAGGUUAAUGUGUACAUCACUUGAAACCGACGUUUAUCUGCAAACCUGAACAUAUAAGUCCUCAUUUGUUAGCACUUCAUUUCGUUGUCAGUCUGCAUUUGUGGUCCCAUCUGCUGUGGUUGGUAUUGCAGACAGUGGGAGCUUUUAAUGUUAUUAAUGUCCACUAAUACUGUCUUUUAAUUUAAAUAAGGGAGAACAGGGGCAUUAAUAUUUUGAAAGAGGCUAGUGAUGUCCAAAGUUCUUCAACUACUUGUCAGUUACUUGUAUAAUAAAGUAGCAGAAAUGUAAUAUUUCUGUAAUCUGUAGUCUUCAAAGUCACCUGUGUGUCACCUUGUUGUAAUCAUUUGUUUCCUAAUUCAAUCUACCUCAGUUUCCACUCAAUGCAAAUGUCAUUAUUUCAUCCAAUGAAAUUCAUUGUAACGGGGUAUCAGUUUUCCAUUUCUUACAAUAUAGACAUCACAGUGCUGGGGCAUUUGAGAGACUGCACUAAAGUGUCCCUAAAUACACUGAAAGGGAACAUCUCCACUGUGACUGAUCCACAGAUUGAGAGAUUAUUUUGAUUAUUUUGGGAGAAACCAGCUGUUUGCCCUGUCUGUGGAUAUACUGUACUGUGGUAAAUAUCUAGUCAGCAGGAUGUGUUACUCACAGGUUGAUAACAAUGCAAACUGUAACACCAAAAUGACCUUGUUCUCUUUAUCUCACAUGGUUUCCUAACAUCACUGAAACUCCUUGAAUUUAUUUCCAUGUCUGUGCAAUAUGUAACUUCUCCUCGAUGAAGUGUAACAAAUGGGAAUGCUCUACUUUUCAUGUUUAACAGAAGCGUUGUAGUGAGCGACAGCUCAUCAGCCUUGAUUAGUGAAUUUUAAGCAUUUGUGUGACCACUGCAUUUUCAUCACUUGCUUAAUUUGACUUUUUUUUUUUUGAGCAUUUGUGUUUUCAGCAACUUUUUUUUUUUUAUGUACUGGGAACUUUUGAAGAGAUUAGAGAUGAAUGUAUUUAGAGUCUUAAAUGUGCAAGAAUUUCCCAUCUUGUAGCCAGUGCCUGGUUAAAAGACUAAUGAAACAAUCCCACUAACAAAGUU